AUGCAAGCUCAGGAUCGCCCCGCCCCCGUGCUGGUGGGCUCGGACCCCGUGGGGGGCCAGCGGUUCACGGGUCUCCUCCAGGACGUGCGUCUGUACGGCGCCCCGCUGGACCGCAGCCAGCGGCACGAGCUGCACGCGCAGCCCGCCCGCGCAGACCUGCGGGGGGUCUCGGGCUAUCUGCGCUACCGGCAGGACGAGAGGAACAAGUCCUUCGUGGUGGAGGUGCGGGACGACGCCGAGGAGGAAGGGGAGGAGCUCUUCUACCUGCAGCUGGUGGCGGCGCAGGGCGGCGCCCGCCUGCCCUGGCCCCGCCCCACCGCCACUCUGCGCGUCAUGAAGAGCGACGGCGCCAACGGGCUCUUCGGGUUCACCGGCGCCUGCAUCCCCGAGACCACUGACGAGGGCUCCACCGUCUCGUGUGUGAUCGAGCGCACCAGGGGGGCUCUGGAUCACGUCUACGUCAACUACUCCGUCAUCGAGGCCGGACCCUCUAGCCCUGGGGGGCCGGCGGAGCAAGACUUCGUCAACGCCACCGGGGCGGUGCUCUUCAUGCCCGGACAGCGCUCCGAGGUGCUGAACCUGGUGGUGUUGGACGACGACCUGCCAGAGCUGGCCGAGUCCUUCCAGGUCACGCUGGUGUCAGCGGAGUCGGCUGACGGGAAGCCAGGCUCCACCCCCACCAGCGGGGCCAGCAUCGACCACAACAGCUCCACCAACACCGUCACCGUCACCGCCAGUGACCAUCCUUAUGGUCUGCUCCAGUUCCAGACCAGUCCUCCCGGCGACGGCCUGAUCAGCCCGGCCCUAGAGCCGGCCCGCGUCUCGGUCAGCGAGGAGGCCGGGGAGGUGCGUCUGCUGGUGGGCCGGGCCCAAGGCCUUCUGGGAAGGCUCACGGUCGGGUACCGGACCACCCCCUUCACGGCGGCCAACCCCGAGGACUAUGAGGAAACAGAGGGGAUACUGGACUUCCUGCCAGGGGAGAGGUUAAAGUUCAUCACCGUGACCAUUGUGGACAACCCGGUUCCCGAACUGGACAAGAGUUUCCGAGUGGAGCUCUAUAACGUGGAGGGAGGAGUGGAUCUGUUCCUGCGUGGGGAAGGAAGUGGUAGUGGGGAGAGUGACUCUGACCUCCUGCUUCCAGCCUUCCACCGAGCCAACCUGGGGGACGCCGCCCGCAUCACGGUGACCAUCCUCGCCUCUGACGACGCCCACGGAGUCUUCCAGCUCAGCCCUGAUUCGCUGGCUGUCAACGGAACGGAGCCCGAGGACGGGCGCAGUGCCGUGCUCCUGCAGGUGGAGCGCUCCUUCGGGGACCUCUCCAACGUGACGGUGUACUGGGAGGCGGACCCCGACGCCGCGGGGGAGCUGGUCGCCAGCUCCGGCAGCGUGACCUUCGGCGUGGGCCAGAGCAGGGAGGGCUUCUUCAUCAGGGUGGCCGAGGACGAGCGGCCCGAGCUGGACCGGAGCUUCGGCGUCCGCCUGGUCAACGUGUCCGACGGGCGGCUGGGCGAGCACACCGACGCCACGCUGACCCUGCUGGCCAGCGACGACCCCUACGGCGUGUUCGUCUUCGCCAACGCCAGCCGGUCGCUCCGGCUGCCCGAGGCGGAUGCCGUGGUCGGCCUCAGCGUGCGGCGGCAGGGAGGCCUGAUGGGGAAGGUGCGCGUGACCUAUAAGACGCUGCGCGAGGCGGACCGAGCGCCCUAUAGGACCCCCGGGAUUGGCAGGGCCAGCGAGGGGCGGGACUUUGUACCCCUCUUCGACUCGGUGGUGUUCCUGGCCAAUCAGAGCGAGGCCAACAUCACCCUCCAGAUCCUGGAUGAUGAGGACCCAGAGAGAGACGAGUCUGUGUUCGUGGAGCUGACCGGCGUUCACGUUGUGGAGGCGGCUCAAGAGAGGAUUAUUGUCGACUCCCCCCGGCUGGGCCCCCGGACGCAGGCCGUGGCCCAGGUCAUCGUGGAGGCCAGUGACGACGCCUUCGGGACCCUCCAGCUGUCGGCGGCCGCCGUGCGCGUGGCCGAGGACUACGUGGGGCCCAUCAUCAACGUCACGCGCACCGGGGGCAUCUUCGCCGACGUCUCCGUCAAGUUCCGAGCCGUGCCAAUCACGGCCACCGUCAGUGAGGACUAUAGUGUGGCCUCUACGGACGUGGUGCUCCUGGAGGGAGAGUCCAGCAAGGCCGUCCCCAUCUACAUCAUCAACGACCUGGUCCCGGAGCUGGAGGAGAGCUUCCUCCUGGAGCUCAUCAACCAGACCACCGGGGGGGCCGUGCUGGGCGAGCUCACGCGCACCAUCAUCACCAUCCUGCCCUCCGACGACCCCUUCGGGGCCUUUGUCUUCCAGGCGGACCCGGUCACCCUGGAGGAGCCGGAGUCCGGCUCCGUGGAGGUGACCCUUCCCAUCGUCCGUACCGCGGGGACCAUCGGGACCGUGGCAGUCCGCUGGCAGGCCACCGUCGACGGGCAGCCGGCCACAGGGGACCUCCGACCCGCGUCCGGGGAGGUCAGCUUCGCCCCGGGAGAGACCAGGAAGACCCUCAGGGUGGAGGUCCUGGCGGAUGACCUCCCUGAGAUCACUGAGACCAUAAAGGUGGAGCUGACGGGAGCGAGUAACGGCGGGAGUCUGGGCAGGACCACGGCGGUCAACAUCACGGUGCCCGCCAACGACAACCCGUACGGGACGGUGUUCUUCGACCGGGCCGUGUACCGCGUUCAGGAGCCCCUGGACGGCGUCUACAUGGCCAACAUCACGGUGCGCAGAAGCGGCGGGAGCUUUGGCCGCAUGGAGAUCCUCUACAGCACCUCGGAAGUGAGCCUGGAGGACCUAGUGGGCCUGGCCCAGGCGGCGGGCCAAGACCUGCUGCUCUAUUAUGACCCUCCCCAGCCUGGAGGCCUCACGUCUGGGGGAGGGGAGUUCAACAUCACCGGCGCCGCGGAGCCCCUGGCUGCCUGCGCCGCCGCUUGCCUCAGAGAGCCGGCCUGCGGGGCCUUCUCCCUCGCCACGGGGCCGCCGACGGGGGCGUGCUCCUGGGCGACCUCCGUGGAGGAGCAGGGCUCGGCGCCCGCCGGCCCGGCCGUAACGUACGGGAGGAACGCCACGGCGACGGCGGUGCUGCUGGGCGGGCGAGCGGGGCCGGGCAGCGACUACACGGCAGUGACGGCUCGCCGCGGGUUCAUGGAGGACGGGCGGGCCACCGCCCACCUCGCCGUGCCCAUCCUCACCGACAAGCUGCCCGAGACGGACGAGAGCUUCGCCAUCGAGAUCCUCAGGAUAGAGCUGGUGAACCUGACGGUGGCCGAGAGGAACCGGCCCUCCGUGGGCCGGCCGCGCCGCGCGCUAGUCACCAUAGCGAUGAACGGGGACUCCUUCGGGGUGUUCCUGAUGUACAGCCUGAGCCCCGACGCCACGGAGGACGGCCUGCGCCUGGAGGUGGGGGAGGAGCCCCGCGCCGUGGCGCUGGUCAUAGAGCGGCGGGGCGGCAGCCUGGGCCGCGUCACCGUGGAGUGGGGGUUCGUCGGGGGAGGAGCCACCCCCGACGAGGACUUCACCGCCAGCGGGGGGACGCUCGUCUUCAAUGACGGCGACGUGAGGCAGACCGUGGAGGUGUUGAUCCGUAGCGACAGCGUGCCGGAGGACAGCGAGACCCUCCUGAUCGGCCUGAUCCGCACCGAGGGGGGCAGCCGCAUCCUGCCCAGCUCCGACACCGUUACCAUAGUGAUCCUGGCCAAUGACGACGUGGCCGGGAUCGUGGGCUUCCAUCCGGCCUCGCGCGUCGUCGCCACCAGAGAGGGAGAGCUGCUGUCCUUGCUGGUGUUGAGGACGGCCCCUGGCCUGGGCAACGUCACGGUGGACUGGUCCAUUCGGGGUCCCCUGCCAGACAGAACCUUCCCCAAAACCUCAGGGACGCUCCUCUUCACUCAGGGAGAGCUGAAUGGCACCAUUGUGCUGCAGCUUCUCGACGAUGCCACACCAGAAGACCAGGACGAAUACAGAGUGGUGUUGUCCAACAUACGCACGUUUGGGGUUCCAGUGACGGGCCAGGCCACGCUGGACGAUCAGGGCACGGAGGCGGUGGUUACCAUAGAAACCAGCGACGAGCCCUUUGGGAUGCUGACCAUUGCGGCGUCCUCCCUCCACAUGAGGGUGGAGGAGCGCGACCAGACGGUGAACGUCUACGUCCAACGGGAGUUCGGGACCUCAGGGGCCGUGAACGUCUCCUACGAGGUCAUCAGAGGGGCCCUUAGCGACCUGUCCCAGGUGGAAGGGGCCUUCGCUGAGCCCGGCCAGGACUUCAUCUCUGCCGUGGGCUCCGUGGUGCUCGGGCCUGGACAGACCUCCGUGGCCGUCCCCGUCUCCAUCCUGGACGACGACAUUCCGGAGCUGCAGGAGUUCUUCCUGGUCAACAUCACGUCCGCUGUCCUCAUCACAACCCUCGCAAGGCUAGACACAAACGAUUUAGUGGCGGAAAUUAGCAUCGACGCCAACGACGGAAUCAGAGGAGUGAUCGAAUGGACAAACACCAUGUAUGAGGUGAACGAGUCGAUGGGGGUGCUGUCUCUGGUGGCCUACAGGAACCGAGGGUCCUAUGGGAACGUCUCCCUGUCCAUACACACUCAGGACCUGGAGGCCCAGCAAGGACUGGACUACGAUAUCAACCAAACGAUGCUCCAUUUCGUGGACGGCGAAAGGCACAAGUUCGUGGAGGUGCAGAUCAUUGACGACAGCAUUCCAGAGGGACCCGAGAGAUUCCUGCUGAUUCUCUCCAAGCCCUCUCCUGGCCUGGAGCUGGGAACCAACACCACCGCGACGGUGAACAUCAUGGCGAGCGACGACGGCCACGGCGUCCUCACCUUCAACGGCAGCCGCCACACGGUGCUGAAGGAGCCCACGUCGGCGUCGGGGCCCGGGGAGGGCGUGGCCACGCUGGCCGUGAUGCGCAGCCCCGAGGAGGGCACCUUCGGCACCGUCACCGUGACCUUCUCCAUCACGGACGCCAACGGGAGCCUGGCUGUGGCCGACCUGAGGCCGGCGCAGGGCACGGUGGUUCUGGAGAACGGGGUCCGCUUCAAAACAUUGGAGAUCUUUGCGAUCCUGGACGCUGAGCCAGAAGCCAACGAGACCUUCACGGUGAGCCUGUCCAGCCCCACCGGAGGAGCUCGCCUGGGGGAGCAGCUCCAGACGUUCAUCACCAUCCUGGAGAACCUGGCCCCUUCUGGUCUCUUCCGCAUUGGCCCCUCCCUCAACAGAACUAAUUCAGAAGUGGUGGCCCAUGAGGGCGGCACGCCGGUCUUCCUGACCGUGUCUCGCAGUAACGGGUUGGAGACGGCUGUCAGUGUGGAAUGGGAGACACAGGCAGACACAGCUAUCGGUUCUGAGGGCGAUCUUCCAGUGAUGGGGGUUUACCAGGACUUUGAGGAGCACCCCACCUCAGCGUGGUGCUCCAUCCCAGAAGAGGCCUCGUCUCUGGCCAUGAGACUGGACAGGACCCCCUCCGUUGGGUCCACCCACACACUCGCCACUCUCUACCGCUGGCAAGGGGUGUUUGUUCCAAUAGAGUCUGUGAGGAUCCAGGAGGCCAGCUCUUGCGUGGGGUUUGUGGUCAACGGCACCACCUUCAUAGCCAUCACCCACGGCAGGCCCAUCUCCAACCCGGCGGCCAACCUCAGCGUCUUCAGACUAGAGCCAGACCUCAACAUCACACUGGAGCAAACCCUUGGUGUUGAAGCGCUGGAUGUGAAACACUUCUCGGUCGAAAGCACGGAUUAUCUGAUCGCAUCAAGCCAAGUUUUCGUCCGCACCGGCACGCUCUUCGCUCUCCUCCAGACACUUGCCCUUCCUCGGGGCAGUGUCAGCGUUUCGCCGCUGUUUUCCCACUCCUCUUCAUCCUCCUCCUCCUCCUCCUCCUCCUACUUGGUCACCUGUGUAGACACGCCCUCAGACGGCUGCUCCAUCCACCGCUGGGCCGGCGGAAGCUUCCAGAACGACCCCCUGACCCUCCCCCUCCAGGGCAGGGCCCACCAGGUGGAGGUCAUCCAGGCGGACGGGGGGGUCACCCUCCUCUUCGUCGUCGCCGACGGUCCUAGUCCAUCCUGCGAAGUGUUUCGUUGGGCCUCAGGGAAGGCUCAGCCUGAGCUGGUUCAGUCUCUCCUCCACCCUGACCUCACCUCCAUCCACCCCUUCAGCCCUCCCUCUGGAACUACCUACAUGCUCUUGGCCGGCAGCAGCAGCUCGCUCCUCUACUCCUGGGGGUCUGAGGAGGGCCAGUUCUCCCCGGUGCUGGGGGUCCCUGCGGCUCUCAGCUACCUCUCCCUGGCCGUGACGUCGCUCGGCGCCUCCAGGACCCUCCUGGCUUCCAGCAGGGCCACCGGCUCCACGCUCUACCUGUUCACCUCCGUGUCCAACCAGUCUGACUUCAUACCCAGCCACGGCGAGCUGCGCUUUGUCCCCGGCGACAGUGAGCUGGAGAUAGCGGUCAACGUUCUAGACGAUGACAUCCCAGAGAGGGAGGAGAGCUUCCGGGUCGCUCUGAAGAAUCCCAAGGGCGGGGCGGAGAUUGGGUUCGGCGGUCAGGUGACCGUGGUCAUCCCGACCAAUGACGACGCCCACGGAGUCGUCGGCUUUGCCCUGGAGUCUCUGUACAUGGAGGUGGAGGAGCUGGAGCAGAACAACCUGAUCUCUCUGAAGGUGGAACGGUUGAGGGGGACCUUCGGCCGAAUGACGGUCCACUGGGUCGCCAACGGCAGUCUGCCGGACAUAUUCCCCACCUCGGGAGUGGUGUCAUUCUCCGAGGGCCAAUCGGAGGCUGUCAUCACGCUGUCCGUGGUGGCAGACGGCGUACCGGAGGGCAGGGAGCACGUGACGGUGGCGCUCAUGGACGUCACCACUGUGGGGCUGGAGGAGCCGGCGCAGGCGGCCACCAUCGCCCCGCGGCGGGCCCACGCCCUGCUCACCAUCCUGGCCAACGGCUCGCCGUACGGGGUGAUCGGCUGGCACAUGGACUCGCUGUUCGCCAGGGUGCAGGAGCCCACGGGCUCUCCGAUCAACAUGAGCCUCUCCAUAGUGAGGGAGCAGGGCUCCUCGGGGAAUGUGGCGGUCCACCUCCAGACCAGGCCCGCCCUAUCACAGCCCCCGGCCAACCAGGCCUCCGCUGGACUGGACUAUCUGGCCAGGGACGCCACGGUGGUCAUGGUGGACGGGGCGACCGUGGUCCUGGUCACCUUCACCAUCAUGCCGGAUGAUGUCCCGGAACUGGCGGAGAGUUUCCUGGUGAACAUCACCAGCGUGGAGCUGGACGGGGAUUCCACCGGGCCGGGCCGGCCCAGCCUGAAGAGGCCUGGCAUGGAGGUCGCCGAGAUCACCAUCCAGGAGAACGAUGACCCCAGGGGCAUAGUGCAGCUUAACGUGUCAGAGGAGGCCCCAGGGAGGGUUUUGGCCUAUGAGAUCGCACCACCGGACAAUGUCUUCCGUCUUGGCGUAGCGCGAUUGGCCGGGACAACGGGGGGAGUCGUCGUUUACUGGGAGGCUCAGCCAAUCACGGCCAGCUUUGAGGACUUCAGUCCUUCCUCAGGGAAUGUCACAUUAAAGGAUGGACAGAGAGAUGCCACGAUUGACAUCACCAUCAUCGAUGAUGAGGAGGUGGAGGUGGAGGAAACUUUCACAGUGUCUCUGCUGCGUGUGACUGGUGGAGCCCGGUUGGGGACGGUGACGUCCGUGACGGCCAGCAUUCCGGCCAAUGACUCUCCUCUGGGAAGAUUUGGAUUCCAGGACCAGGAAGUUACAGUCAGCGAGCCCGAGUUCACCAACGACCCCGCUGCCGUGGCGACGCUCACGGUGCUCCGGAGUACAGGGGGCCGGGGUGUGGUGACGUUGGCAUGGCAACUAGAAGACCUGGCCAGGGACGACCUCUCACCUCUCAGUGGAACCCUUGUCUUUGCGGAGACGGAGUCCACUCAGAGCUUUGUGAUCAGGGCGCUGGAAGACACUGCGCUGGAGGGAGACGAGAGCUUCACAGUGCGGCUGCUCCCAGGCACCAGCGCGGCCGUCAUCGACCCCUUAGCCGGUCUGGCCAGCAUCACCAUCCAGGCCGACCGAGCGGCCUUGGGCAUGGUGGGCGUGGCCGAGUCCUCCAGGGAUGUUUUCAUUGGUGAACCUGAGAGGGGAUACAAUGGAAGCACGGUGGUCAGCCUCGUGCGGGGGCCAGGGGUCUUCGGGGAGGUACAGUUCUCCUGGAACAUCGCUCCCGCUGACGCGACCGAGUUUGAGCAGAUCUCCGGCGUCGUGACCAUGCGAGACGGGCAAUCCGCCGCUAGCAUCACCCUUAAAGCGCUGGACGACGAGGUUCCAGAGGAGCGGCGGGUGUACCUGCUGACCCUCGCCGCCGCCACGCCCGGUCUGGACGUCAGCCCCUCGGCGAGCCACGCCACGGUCACCAUGGCAGCCAGCGACCACCCGCACGGCAGCUUCUCCUUCGCCCAGCGGGAGGUCGCCGUCACCGAGGAAGAGGGGCUGGUGAACGUGACGGUGGUCCGCUCCGGGGGCGGCCUGGGGGAGGUGGCGCUCAGCUACGAGACGUCAGGCGGCUCUGCCUUCAGCGGGCUGGACUUCAGCCCCGAGGCCGGCCGGCUGCUGUUCGCGCCGGGCCAGGCGUCACAGGAAGUCCCGCUGCGCAUCGUUGACGACGUCCUCCCGGAAGGGCCCGAGGAGUUUCACCUCAGCAUCACGAGCGUGGAGCUUCUUAACGUCAGUGGCGUGGACUACACUGUGAGGGAGUCGGGGCUCCAGUUGGAUCUGCCUCCGACGGUAGGGAACAUCUCCUCAGUCAUCGUGGUCAUACUGAAGAACGACAACGCUGAGGGCAUUCUGGAGUUCCACCCGGAUCACCUCGACAUCAUAGUGGAGGAGGAUGCAGGGUAUCUGGUGAUCCCUGUGCUGAGAUUGGGGGGUCAGUGGGGGCAGGUGUCGGCUCAGUACGUCUCCAGGGGUCUGAGCGCGACCCCUGACCUGGACUACUUCCUGUCCAACGGGUCGGUCACCUUCAGCCACGGGCAGGACACCAGCUUCAUCAACAUCACAAUCAUGGACGACCUGGACAGUGAAGCCGCUGAGAUCUUUGAGGUGCUGCUGUCUCGAGCCACCGGGGGAGCUGUCCUGGGCGCCAACUCGGUUGCCAGGGUAACCAUCGCCAAGAGUGACUCUCUGAGCGGGCUUGUGCGUUUCCUCAACGAGAGCCGCAUUGCUCUGGUGAACCCCAACGAGACGCUCUCGCUCACCCUGGUCUUGGAGAGAGCCGGAGGCUUUGUGGGAAAUGCAACGGUGGCGUGGCACAUCCUGGGCCCCAACAGCAGGGAGCCUCUCCCACCGCUCAACCAGGACUUCCUGGAUCCCGUCAACGGCUCCUUCUACCUGGGCGACGGGGAGGAGGGGGUCCACGCCAUCCGGCUGACCCUGCUUCCCCAUGGGGAGGUGGAGGUGGAGGAGGUGUUCACGGUCCAGCUCAGCAUCCUGUCCGGGGAGGUGGACGUGGACACCGGGGCCGGGGCGGUCCAGCUUCUGAUUGAGAAGUUCGGUGACCCUAACGGCAUCGUCCAGUUUGAUGAGGCGGCGCUGAGCGAGCAGGUCUACGAUGAGCCCGCUGACGUCCAGGGCCCGCUCAACAUCUCACUGCUGCUCAGACGGAGAGAGGGCGUCAUGGGAAACAUCACGAUCCACUGGGAGAUCCAAAGUGAGUCAGACCUGGCCGGUGACUUCCUGAGUGUGGCCGGGGAUGUAGUUAUCCUGGUUGGCCAGCGGGAGGCGCUGUUGCUCCUCAGCCUGAUGCCCGACACGGUGCCCGAGGUGGAGGAGCUGUACCUGGUCAGGCUCACAGGCGUGGAGGGGGGCGCCACCCUGGACGGCAACCCCAACCUCACCAGUACACGCAUUAGGGUGCGGGCGAACGACGAGCCUCACGGCGUGUUCUCCCUGGACCCCGGCCGGCGGGCCUUGGGGGUGGGGGGCCCCGGGGCUGAGCCGGCCCGGUUCCUGCUCCUGAACGUCACGCGGUCGGGGGGGCUGUUUGGCAACGCCAGCGUGGGCUAUGUGGUCAGCGGCGGGCCGGAGGUCCAGGCUCUGCUGGGAGACAGAGCCACGGGCAGGGUCCUGCUGCCGGAGGGGGAGUCCUCUGUCUCCAUCACACUGUUGCUUAGCAACCAGGUGUUCCUGGCCAUCGGGGAGAACUUCACCGUGCAACUGACGGACGUGAGACUGGUCAGCCCUCUCCUCAGCACCCCCCCUCGUCUCUCCUCGGACUCCACGGUUACCAUGGUGACGGCUGGGGAAGAGGCUGCCAACACUGAAGUCGGCUUUGCCUCGGUGGUCCUCCUGGUGUCCAGCCUGGAAACGGGGCAGUGCGAGGCAACAGUGUCACGGACGGGCCUCUUUGGGGGGGUCACCGUGGACUGGAGAACGGGGUAUCCUCCAGGCCUGGCGCCGCCCGGGUUCACACCGGGAGCUGUCAGCCCAACAGCAGGCUCCGUCAGCCUGGCCCACGGCGAGAGGAGCCGGCCCAUCGCGCUGACCGCUCCGUGGAACCCCUCGGCGCCUGCGGCCUACGCCAUACAUCUGACUGCUGCCAGCCCCGGUGCCAACACCACAGCCGCUGUCCGGCUCAGGCCUGGCUUCACGGUGGCCGAGGUGGAGCCGCUGGGCGUGUACCGGUUCACCCGCGAGUCCCGGCAGGUGCUGGUCGACGAGGACGCCCAGAACGUCACGCUCCACGUCCAGCGCCUGUACGGCGGCCGCGGCGGCCGCGCCGUCCUGUCCUACGCCACCGCCUCGGGCAGCGCCACGGCGGACGAGGACUUCGGCGCCGUGGCGGACGGCCGGGUCGCCUUCGACUCGCCACUCCAGACCCGCGCCUCGCUGCGGCUCGCCAUCGCGAACGACUCGCUCGCCGAGCCCGACGAGGUCUUCUACGUCAACCUGACCGACGUGCGGGUGCCGGGGGCGGCGCCCGGCCCCCGGCCACGCAUCGACCGGGAGCAGAGCGUGGCCCGGGUCACCAUCAGGGCCAGCAACGCCACCGGAGGAGGAGACGGAGGAGGAGGAGACGGAGGAGGAGAUGGAGGAGACGGAGGAGAUGGAGGAGGUGGGGGGGUGCUGAGCAUCGGGCCCGCCCUGGUCCGCACGGAGGAGGACCGGGAGCAGGACGGCGUUGAGGAGAAGAGGGUGGAGCUGACGGUCCGCAGGGCCGCCGGGCCGGGCGGGGCCGGCCUGGACGCCGCCGCCAGCGUCCGGGUCCACGCCUACGGAGGCGGAGUCACGUUGGGUACGGCGCUCCCCUUCGCUCUGGACUACAACGGCACCCUGGCCCGGGAGGGGCAGGACUUCCGGCUGGCCUCCAGUGUGGUGAGGCUGCAGGCCGGGCAGAGCGAGGCGGCGGUGCUGCUGCUCAUCCUGGACGACUCGGAGCCUGAGGGCCAGGAGGCCUUCUUCGUCUACCUCUCCGACCCCGAGGGAGGGGGGCAGCUCGCCGAGCAGGGCUUCGGGGCCUUCUCCAAGAUCGUCAUCCUCGGGAGCGACUUCCAAAACGGCAUUGUGGGCUUCAGCCGGGGGUCCCUGGUGGGUCAGACCCUGGACGAGGACUCGGAGAACAGGACCGCCCAGCUGGUGCUGCAGAGACAGGAGAACAGAGCCUUCGAGGACGUGCAGGUCUUCUGGAGAGCCACCCACAGCGCGGCGGCCCCAUCACUGGUCAGUGGCGGGGUGAACCUGACCCAGGAGCUGCUCGUCACCUCGGGCGCCGUGCUGUGUCUGAGGGGUCAGACGCGUUGUGUCCUCACACUGGAGGUCCGGCCCGACGAGGAGCCAGAGAGGCGUAGCUGGUUCCUGGUGGAGAUCUACGAGGUGGGCUCCGGGGCCUCCAUCAACCAGACGGCGCGCUUCGCCAACGUCACCCUGGCCGAGAGCGACGCCCCCCCCGGCGGCCUGAUCUACUUUGCGGCGGCCUCCCGGCUGCCCGUGGCCACGCUGAAGGCCACGCGGCUCGACCUGCAGGUCCACAGGCAGGCCAGCGCGGCCGGCGUCCUGACGGUGCGGUACCGUAUGCUGGUGCUGCCCCAGCCCGAGGCGGUGGGCCGCUCCAUGAUAUGGCCCGCGGUUGCCGGCCGGGGACUUCCUCCAGCAGGAGGACGAGUUGACCUUCGCCCGGGGCCAGAGCAGCGCUACGCUGUCGGUGACCUUGACCCCGGGCCAGGCCUCGCCCGAGCCCACCCCCAAGCGCUUCCGGGUGGAGCUCCACGAAGCGUCGGGCGGGGCCCAGGUGCACCCGCAGUUGGGCGUGGCCAACGUCACCCUGGUGGCAGACGCGGAGGCCGCGGCGGUGUGGGCGCUGCUGGACCAGCUGCAGACGCUCCAGCAGCCGCUGGAACGCGGCCGUGAUGGACCGCGUGCUGCAGGGGCUGAUCAACAAGGCCACAGCGCUGCUCGCCCCCGAGCAGACCACCGCCGUGCUGGUGGCGCUGGGGAAGGUCCUGGCGGAGGCGGAGGGGAACCCUCUACAGGAGAGCAGUCGGGGGCUGACCUACGACCUGCUCUGCGCCAUGGCCAACCCCAGCCAGAGAGACACCCGGGGCCUCAGCCAGCUGUCCGAGCUGGCCGAGCGGUUCGCCUUCUCCCUGCUGACCGGGAGCCAGUGUGGAGAGCCCGGAAGCGGUCAGUAUCCCCCCCCAAAUAGGAACUCGAUCCAUUAAAGCUUUCUUUUUCCAGGAUGUGGGGAGAUUUGACUCCCUGAGGCUCUGGGGGAACCCGAAUAUGUCGGAAAACGUUUGAAUGUAAGGUCAAUAAUGAAUGGACUGCGUUGAUAUAGCCCUUUUCAGACUUGUGUCCGCUCAAAGCGCUUCCCAUUAAUUGCCUGUCAAACACACUUCAUGCACCGAAGACGGUGUCGACCAUGCAGGGCGAGCUCUCCUCGGGACAGGUAGCGUCAGGUAGCGUCAGGUGUCUUGCUCA